AUGGCAACGAAAACAAUUGAUCAUGAAAUUAUUGCGACCAACGUAGAUACACCAAUAUCCUUGCAAUUGAAUAAAGAACAAGAUGCGCUUUAUGUAUUAACGAAUUAUCAAUUAACACGAAUUGAUUUAAAUUCCAAAGAAUAUCAAAAAGAAUUCGUUUAUCAACGCAAAAGAAAUGUCGAAGAAGAUCAAAUGGAUGAUGACGACGACGACGAUGAUGAUGAUGGUGACGGAUAUUCUCAAGGUGAAUCAGAUGGAGAUGAAAAUCGUGUUGAAGAUCCGUUUGAAGAUAGUGAACCAUCAACAGGUGAUGAUGAAGAUCGAAUAAUAAAUCGAAGAAAUUGGCGAAGAUAUGGAUAUCGUAUUUAUCCAUUUGAUAAUCCUUGUUCAUUAUUAUAUUUACAAGACAAAAAUCAAUUCAUCGUUUUAAAUGAAGGUGUCAUUAAAUUCUUUCGUGUUCAACUUGAAAACAAUCGACCAUUUGCAGAAGGUCCAUCGAAAAAUAUCUUCUGUUAUGAUUUCGAUGUUUUAAAAGAAAAUAAUCGAAGUAUUCAACCAUGGUCAAUAACAAAAACGUCACAAGAAGAUUAUUUUCUCUUUAGUUUACUCGACAGUUCACAACUCUAUUCACUCGAUAUGACAAAUGAAAAGGCUCAAAUUGAAAAAUUCAUAACAACAGAAAUCAAUUCUUGUCCAUAUUUACAAUUUCAUCGUCAAUCAAAUCAAAUCUUUGUUUACGAUUCAACACAAAUCUUUACUGUUUCCAUUAAUGAGAAAAUACCGAUGAAACUUCAACUACCCUUCGAUAUCGAAGAAGGAAAAGGAAUAUCAAGUUUGACCAUCGGGAAAUCAGGAUUUGUUUAUGUUUUAGUGAAUUCAAAUCUUUAUAAAUGUGAUUAUCAACAAUCAAAAUUGAGUGUUAUUGAAGAUUUGGGAAAAUUGAAUUUAACAAUGAAUUCUGCACAAAUGAUUGUUGAUGAUGAAGAAAAGAAUUUUUAUGCGUCGGAUUGUGAAAAUUCGACAGUUUAUCGAUGGAAAAUCUAA